GCUAAAAGUGCCAAUUGGGGCCGUAUUUCCUAGUUGCUAAGCAAUUAAAGCAACAAUAUAUCGCCACAGCGGGCCGGUUUCGCUAAAAGCGAACGGUAGCACCACUGACGUGUAGCUGCAACCUGCAGGCGACGUCGCGUUACCGGGGCGGAGAGGUACCGACUGGAUGAGUUCUGGUUAAAACAGCUUCAGAAGGGCAGGAUGGGCAGGCAGAGGAAGAGGGUGGUGACCGGUGAAGCUGCUCCCCUUCUGUGGAAAGACGAGAAGCCCCCUGCAUUUCACCGAAAAGAGAAGAAAAAGAAAGUUGACCUUGGCAAAGUCUUCAUCAACAUCUCCAUUGGCCUUUGCAUAUUCAGCCUGGUCUGGUUCUUCUACGCCCUCCAUAUGAGAUCGAGCCUGGCGAAACGGGUGGUGACUCUACAUCCAUCGCCUCCUGUCCUGGAUGCCAAUAGCAGCAGUGCCAAAGUCUCCGCCGAGAGGUUCUGGGGCUCAUACAGGCCUCAGGUCUACUUUGGCAUGAAAACCAGGAGUCCCAGGUCGAUUGUGACAGGAAUGAUGUGGAUGCGUCAGUUUGCCGACAUGGAUGUAAACCUCAGGCACACUUGUGAGCAAGGGGAUCGUUUGCGAGGCUAUGGCUGGAUGAUGCAUGAUGGGAUCACCUUUGGCGUCCAGGAAAUACGAGACAACGAUUUCACACUAACGACAGAGUUUGUCAAGAGGAUGGGUGGAGGUAACGGAGGAGACUGGACCUGGAGGGUCACUGCCAAACAGCAUAGCUCGGCCCCUCAAGCGCCAGUCAUCUCCCUGAUGUUUUACGCAGCAGCAGACGACCAGGGCUCACUGGAGGCUCACGUUGAGGAUAGAAACCGCCUCGCCUCCAUCACCGGUUUCUCAGAGGAGCUUGGAAACUUUAAGAUCUCCUUCCGAAAGCCAGUUACUGGAGAAUUAUCCAGUGCCAAAUAUGCAAGCUACAACUAUCUUCAGACUGUCUCUCCUGGCUUGGAGAAGCUGACUGACAUUGUGAAGCAGAGUCUGAACCGUAGGUUUAUCUACAGCCCUCCUUCUGGUGAGAAAAGGCAUUACAUAGCUGUAGACACCUACAAGCCCCCCCACCACCAAAACCAACAGAAACCCGCCGAAACACGGAAAGAGAGUGACUUUGUGGUUCACCAGGUGACCGUCCAGAUGCCGUUCCAGAUCGAAGUUCUGUUUGAGUCCGGGAGCUUCCACAGCCGUCCAAACCAACUUGUGGGCUCCAUCAUGACUCAGGAACUGGAGAGGAGGAAAGCUGAGUUUGACUCGAAGUUCGAGAAGACCUUUGGCCUUGAAAGCAAAGGUUUUAGCCAGGCACAUAUUAAGUUUGGCAAGGCAGCGCUCAGCAACAUGUUGGGUGGAAUGGGCUACUUCUACGGCCAGUCCGUGGUACAGUCAGCCUACAAUGAGUACCCGCUCCUGUACCCGGAAGGAGCUUUAUUCACUGCCGUACCAUCGCGCUCUUUCUUUCCGAGGGGAUUCCUUUGGGACGAGGGCUUUCACCAGCUGCUGCUGAGCAAGUGGGAUCCCCAGGUGACAAGGGAGGCUAUUGCCCACUGGAUAGACCUCAUGAAUAUCGAGGGCUGGAUCCCCCGCGAGCAGAUCCUGGGAGACGAGGCUCGCAGUAAAGUCCCAGCUGAGUUUGUAGUUCAGCGUAACGAGAAUGCCAACCCACCUACACUUUUCUUAGCUCUUCAGGAACUCAUCGAACAGUUCUCGUCAAAUCCAGAGAGUCUGGCAUCUCGUCCGACCUUGCCUUUCCUUCGACGGCUGUUCCCCAGACUGAAAACCUGGUUCGAAUGGUACAACACCACUCAGACGGGGCCUCUACCAAACUCCUACCGCUGGCGUGGUCGCGACAAGGACACCAACCUUUUCCUCAAUCCCAAGACCUUGACUUCUGGGCUGGAUGACUACCCUCGGGCCUCACAUCCGUCAGCAGAUGAGCGCCAUGUAGAUUUACACUGCUGGAUGGCCCUGUCCUCAGGCAUCAUGGCAAGUAUAGCUCGGCUCCUGGACGAGCCCCAUCAGGACUAUGAGCUCACCCACCAGGUGCUCCGUGACAACAACCUACUGAAUGAGCUCCACUGGUCCGAUCAACUUCGUGCUUUCAGUGACUUUGGCAACCACACCCAGAAUGUGUCCUUGCAGCAGGAGAAGGUGUACGUGCCUCCCGGACAACCUCGUCAUCAGUUCCCUGUGGCACGCCUCGUGCGCUCCUUCCGCCGGGCCCCCAAGCUGCAGUACGUUAAUGCUUUGGGUUACGUCAGCUUGUUUCCUUUCCUACUGCACAUUCUUACGCCGGAUUCACCCAAACUAGAACAUAUCUUCCGUGACAUGAGAGACUCCAAUAAGCUGUGGACACCCUACGGCCUGCGUUCAAUUUCCAAAUCCGACCCUCUGUACAUGAAGCGAAACACGGAACACGAUGCCCCCUACUGGAGGGGACCGAUAUGGAUUAACAUCAACUACUUGGCAGUCAGAGCCCUGCACCAUUACAGCAACAUGGAAGGGCCGUACCAAGAGAAGGCAGCUGCUCUUUAUGAGGAACUCAGGACUAACAUCAUCAAUAAUGUUUACAGACAGUAUGUGGAAACAGGGUAUAUCUGGGAACAGUACAACGACAGCACUGGUAGGGGCCAAGGAAGCCACCCCUUCACUGGCUGGUCAGCCCUGACAGUGUUAAUGAUGGCCGAACAGUACUGAUACUGUCGGCUUCAUGUCAUGUUUUCUAAGAUAUUGGCCUUCAUUUCUCUCGAUGUGAUUGAAACAUCAUGAUCAGGUGUAAAUAUAAUAGGUCUUGUCUGGUUGAUGAAACUUGAUAAACUAGUUAUAACAUCCAGCUGAAAAAUAGGCAUUAAUAAUCACAUUUCCACACUUCACCAAUAUUAAAAUAACAGGUUUCAAACAGGUAUCCUCUGAAAGGCAAUUUCUAACUACCGGUACUUCUAAGUGUAAGUGCAGCUACCUUGUCUUUACUGUAUGAGAAGUGCUUGAUUUAUAUACUUGCAAUUAAGUGUUUCCUAAGAUGCAUUUAGAAAACACUUAAAAGGAAAUUAGCCACCUUGUUAUGUGGACAUCCAAUCAGGGCUAAUGGUAAAAGUAGUCCACUUAAAUAAAUUCUCCAGUUCGUGCCGAAGUUUUCGCUAGGACUCAUGAAUUAACAGAAUAAACUCACAAACGUCAAUGAAGAAAAUCUGAUUACACCUAAACCCAAAAAUACACCCGUACACUUUCUGAAUUCAAGACAAGCUUGAUUGCCUUGUUAACUCAUCGUAAAAUAAUCUUUAUUUAAACUAGACUGAAACAAAACAAAACUCACCCAACAUUUUUUUUUUGUUGGUCUUUCCACUGUCCAACAAUCAGCAACUUGGAUUUGUUCAAAAAUAAAUCCUUUAUUCACAGAGUUAGAUGUGAAAAUAUACCGGCUCUUCAAUCUGUUUUCCCCCCCGACUGUCUCUCUGCCUGGCCGGCUGUCCGUGGGCAGCUGCCCGAUGCAGCAGCUCUUGGCGGCUCUCACUCCUUCUACCAUUAAAUUCUGAAGAAGGUCUCCAGCACACCUCUGUCUGAGUGAGGAGGGAAACUUUCAUGCAUAGUAAAGCACACGCGGCUCGCUCUCUCUGAGUUGUCGUCGGCGACAGCAUCCAACAAAAACUGCCCACGCUGACAUUCAUUACAGCAGAAUGAUUCCGUUUCUGUUGGCAUCGGAGGGCAAUUUGAGCAAAGGCACCACCAGUCGGUGUUUGCUCUCGGCAGCUCGGAUUCUGGUGGAUCCCUGGCGACCUUAAUCCUCCUCGCUACAGCUGCAGCCUGGAACUGCCUCACUUAGCUGAUAACGCCUGAAUAUCGGAAUCAGUUAAAACAGUGUAAAAUCGUACAAAAAAUAAAAUGUACACUGUAAAUAGUCCUCUUCCAUAACAUCCUCUGCACUCAUGUUUUUUCCCUGUUGGAAAGGUAACAGAAGCGAGGAGACCAAGAAGUUUUGAGUGGCAUUGCACCCCCACGGCUAUAAAAGCUGAGAGUAGCUCUGUAGUUCUUCCGUAUACCAACAUGUUUUGCGGAUUCAACGAGAUAUGAAGAACAUCAGUAACAACUGCACACUAUACACCUCGUUUGGGGAGGUGGAGCCAAAGGUUGAAAAUGUCCUUUUUUUUUAAUGAAGUCAUAUCUCACAUGCAACUCCAUUGCUUCACAUGGCAACUUUUUAAUAUGGAAAAUCAAGACGGCUCUUUAAUAUGCAGGAAACAGCAGGUCCACCUCUCUGAGCAGGGUUCAUGCUUACACACUAUAUGUGUGAUGCUGUUUAUGAAGAAACUCUUAUUAGAUUCACUCACAAGUCAUCAAUCAUGGAAAAUGAAUGAGGGUCAUUAUUUUCUAUUAUGCCAUCACUCUUUUAAUCGUAUGUUCUCAGUUCUUUGUCUUAAUGAUUGGUCAUUUUGAUAUGUAAUUGUUUGCUCACAUCUUAAAAAAAAAAAAAAAAAAAAAAAGGUUCGACACAGUGUUGCUCAACAUUUGUAAAAUGAUUCUUAAAAGCAGCCAUGUUUUGUACACAGCCUGUGGUUUGACUGGCAGGGAAUACAACAUUGACUGUGACAUUGGUUUGUUUUGUUCAAAACAAUAAACGGUUUAAAUAAUUUCCUUUUGUCAUACUGUACUUUUUUUGGUAACGUUUGUUGCGUUACCUCCAUAGCUGUAAGCAAAUUAUUUAUUGGAUCUAAGCCUAUAGCGAC